AUGUACAUCAUCGCCAUCUUAGGGAACUUCACCAUCCUGAUCAUUGUGAAGAAGGAACCCAGCCUCUAUGGGCCCAUGUACUAUUUCCUCUGCAUGCUGGCCAUCAAUGAUCUGAUCCUGUCUACAUGUAUCCUGCCCAAAAUGCUGGCGAUCUUCUGGCUCAAUUCCAGGGAGAUCAGUUUCAGUGCCUGCCUCACCCAGCUGUACAUCAUUCAUGGCUUCUCAGUGAUGGAGUCGGGACUCUUUGUGGCCAUGGCGCUGGAUCGCUACGUGGCCAUCUCCAAGAUCAGCCUGGCCGUGGUGCUACGUGGCGGCGUACUUGUAUUGCCCUACCCUUUCCUGGUGAAGCGAUGGCUGUACUGCAGAACCAACAUCAUCCCCCAACCGUACUGCACGCACAUUGGUGUGGUGAACCUGGCCUGCGGUGAUAUCCGCAUCAGUAGUUACUAUGGCCUCUUUGUGCAGUUCUGUGUGAUGGGGCUGGAUCGAUUUGCCCAGAAUGUGCCCCUGCCUUUCCACGUCCUCAUUGCUAAUCUGUCCCUCUUGAUGCCCCCCAUGCUAAACCCCAUCAUCUAUGGGGUGAAGACCAAAGAGAUCCGGGGCAGGCUGCUCCGUCUCUUCUCUCAGAAAGGGACCUAA